AUGACUGUAGAGCUUUAUCUGACAUAUUUUGACUCGCCAAAAACACCUUUCCAAGACGAGUGGCCCAAUGGUGAUAUAAACACUAUUUCAGUGCUGGUGACACAUAUUUUAGUACCAAUAUAUGAUGAUUCUGGAACUAUCUGUGGUUAUGUCCAACGUGAGCAACAGCCAACUGGACAGAUGCGGCAACAUCUGGCAAAUAGUAAUAGCCUUAACCCCACUAUCCAGCUAAUGACAGUGCCAGUAAAGCGCAAAAAGAAUAAUGGUGGUAUCAUAUCACAGAAAACCACAGGUAUGAGCACUCUCAAGGGACCAGAAGAACACGUCCUACGGACAAAACGGGUAUUGCAACGCCUGCACGAUAAUGACCUAUACCUGAAACUAGAAAAAUGCAUGUUUGAUGUAAAUGAGAUUGAAUAUCUCGGCAUGAUCAUCUGUCACAACCAGGUAAAAAUGGACCCCGUCAAGCUGGCAGGAAUCAAAGACUGGCCUACCCCAACCAAUAUCCACGUAGUCUGA